AUGAUGAAAGAUCUAUCUCCAUUGCCCAGAAAAUCAAAUUCCAAGGAAAAAGUUGAAGGGAUCCAAACACCAAAGAAAUCAAGGAGUGAAGAAAAAAUAUUAACUGUUGAGGAUAUGAAGAAUGAUCAAUAUGCAGAAGUAAAGAGGGAAUUGGAAAUUGUGAAAGAGGAAUUGAACAUGCUUAAGCUUGGUAUGGCUGCUGCUUUGGAAGAGAAAUCAAAGGGAGAGAAGCAAACUAAGACAAAAAUAUCAUCUUAUUCGAGCUCUUUGCAACCAGUUAAGAAGGACACUGGGAAAGAAAGCGAAGAGAAAGCACUAGUAGAGUUCGCUAAGAGUGAAACUCAACUAGAAAAUGAAGCUGAUCAAAUAUCAUCCAAGAUUGAGCAAGCAAAGAAGAAACUAAAGGACAUCAUUGUAGAUCUUCAACAGACAAGAGAACUUGAAUUUGAUAUGAGAAGCGAUAGCUUAGACCAUAGGACUGGGAGUUUUCGGAAACAAGAGGACUUGCAGGCAGAGUUGGAAGCAGCAAAGAAGGAAUUGGCUUUGGUGAAAGAAGAAAAUUUUCAGUACUUGACCUCCAUGGAUAUCAUAAGAAACGAACUGAAACAUGUCAUGGCAGAGUUGAGCAGGUUGAAGAAAAUAGAAGAGAAGUUGGAUUCAAUCAUUGAAGACCUCAACUCAAAGAUUCUCAAAUCAAAAACCAAGUUGGAAGCUGUAUCUUUAGCUGUUGAAAAGGCUAAAUCAAUUGAAUCCAAUCUCUCUUACACCCUUGAACAGCUCAAGACAGAAGCAGAGAAUGCAAAGAAAGAAAAGGAGCUUCCAGUCAAAGAAUCAGUAAACUUGGAAGCAGAAAUUCACAACACCAAGUUUGAGAUAGGCCUAAUCGAGGAACGAUUACUGAAUGCCACGAAAGAGUUUGAAGCAGUGAAAUCAUCAGAAGAUUUAGCUGUUGAAAAUCUAAGGUCUCUUAUUGAGAAUAUCAUGACAGCUAGAGCUCUUGUACCUCAGCAAGGCUCCUUAAUUACCAUAUCAAAGUUUGAAUAUGAGUACUUGACUGGACGUGCAGUAGGAGCCGAAGAAAUUGCUGAUAAGAAAGUUGCAGCUUCUCAAGCAUGGAUUGAAGCUAUAAAGGCUAAUGAGAAGGAUAUUCUGAUUAAGAUAGAUUUAGCUCAGAGAGAAAUUAGAGGGAAGAAAUUGGAGGAAGAGAGAGAAGCACAUACAACCAAGAGGGCAAAUUCUGGAAAGAGGAUGGUUGAAGGAGCUCAACUAUAUAACAGGAAACAGAACUGGGAGAGGAAUGCAAGAUUGCAUAGAAAAAUCAUGAAAGGGAAUGAUAAUUCAACCCCUUCAAGGAAAGACAAUCACAAUUUUACACCAUCAAGAAAAGGAAAUGACAAUUUGGCUCCAUCAAGAAGAGGAAAUGGCAAUAAUUCGACUCCAUCCAACAAGCUAAUCUUAGCAUAUGAGAGUUAA